AUGGCGGGAGCGCUGAUCAUGUUUCUGUUUCUUGCGCCGGAACCGGAAACCAUAGGGCUGGAGUCGCCGCAUUCGCUGCUGCUGUCGGAGUCGUCUAGUGAGGCGGGCGGGAGCGUGCACGGGGAGGGGGACGAGGAGUCGGGAUUCGAGGCCGUUGAGUGCGCUGACGUGGCGGCUGGUUUUGAUGCUGCCCUGUUAGCCCCUAAAGAGGCUACUUAUGCGUCAGUAUCGCAGCAGCUUGCAGUGCCGCUUUUGCAGGGGAAGGAUGAUGCGGGGCCGGGAGCGGAAGGCCGGAUUGUGAUAACAGAGGAUGUGCUUAAAUCGGGGAUGGGAGGGAGCGGCGAAGAGCACGAGGCGAUUAGCUUCUGGGACGCGUGUCAAAUCCCUGGUGUUGCGGCGUACGCGUUAUGCUUGUUCUUCGCUAAGCUUGUGGCGUACACGUUCCUGUACUGGCUCCCGUUCUACAUCAAGCGCACAGACUUUGACUUUUGGGGCGAGGGGGGGAGGGAUGUGGGGGUGGCAGGGGAGGAUAGUAGCAGGCCAUCUCUCCGACCAUACACAUUUCCUGCUCCUCUGCUCACUUCUCUCCCCUUUUCCUCCCCACCUCCCCAAGCAGAAAUAGCAGGCCACCAUUUGACUGACGCGUUUGCGGGUGUGACAUCGACAGUCUUUGACCUAGGAGGGGUGCUGGGGGGGAUAGUAGCAGGCCAUCUUUCCGACCAUACAGAUGCCCCUCUUCUCCCGUGCUCACUGCUCACUGCUCUCUCCUCUUCCUCCCUCUCCCCUCUUUUCCCUACGCCCCUUGGAGCAGAGAUUGCCGGGCACCAUCUGACUGACGCAUUUGCCGGAGUGACGUCAACAGUCUUUGACGUAGGAGGGGUGCUGGGAGGGAUAGUGGCAGGCCAUCUCUCCGACCAUACGGGCGCCCACGCCACCGUGUCCGCUUCCUUCAUGCUCCUAGCCGUCCCCGCUCUCCUCCUCUACUCUUUUCUAGGCGGAAUUUCGCUCUCUGUGCACAUAGGGCUGCUCUCAUUGGUCGGAUUUUUUGUGAACGGGCCCUAUGCGCUUAUCACUUGUGCUGUGUCGGCUGAUCUGGGGCAGCACGCGUCGCUCCGAGGGAAUUCCAAAGGGUUGGCUACGGUUACUGCGAUUAUUGAUGGCACGGGGUCGUUAGGGGCUGCUCUGGGUCCGUUUCUAACGGGGAUAGUGGCAGAGAUUGGGGGAGGAGGCGGGGGGAAAGGAGCAAAAGACCUGGGGUGGAGGCUGGUGUUUGGAAUGCUUAUUUCGGCUGCACUGGCUGCAGUGUUGUGCAUACUGCGGUUAGUUAUUGGCGAGUUUAAAGCAGCAGCAGAAACUUCAGCAGCGUUAGACGCCUUCUUAGAGGCCGAGAGGCAGCAGCAGGAGCAGGGAAGAGAAGGAGAGCAAGGGAGGGGCAGUGGAGUGCCAGCGGGGGAGCAGCUGGGAGGGGAGAGGGGCGAACAAAUGGGGGAGCAGAGGGGGACACAACGCGUUACCAAGUGCAAGAGCAGGAGGGAGCCGCAGCAGCUGCAGCAAGAGCAGCAGCAACAGCAGCAGCAGCAAGAGCAGCAGCAGCAACACCACUAG